ACUUGAAACCCUCUGAAAUGAUACAAGUUAUCCUUUCCGACACACUCACUGACUUUUUUUACAAACAUUAGUUAUUAUAGGAAUUGAAAAUAUCCAGUUCAUUUACACUGAAAUAUGAAGCUUGCUACCAAAGAAGAAACGCAAGCUUUUAAUCAAACCAUUUACUCGGCUCUGUUACGAGGCGGAAUCGUUGGUACUGGUCUUGGCAUCCUUGGAUGUAUCGUGGGAGGUAGGUAUUCUCCUGGCUUUCGUCGUCUGUCUUUUCCUCGAAAAUCUUGGCUGGUCAUUGGUAGCGGUUCUGCCGUGAGUGUAAUUUACGCUGAUAAAGCCACUGUGAAGUUUGAGGCUGAACGCUAUGGUAAAUUUGACCAAAUUGAAUAUUCCACAAAGCAUCUCCCUUGGAAAUAUAGGGCGUUGUACUAUUACAACCAACACAAGUGGCCCAUCAUUUUGGGUACAUGGGCAAGCACUCUUGGCUUAAGUAUGUACGCUGCAUCUCGCAAUCGUUACGAUACCCUACCUCAAAAACUUGUACAGGCAAGAAUGUACGCACAGGGUGUUACCGUGCUCGUCCUUUUAGGAAGUGUUUAUCUGACUGCCGUUGCCAAUCGUUUGGAACCUCCAACCCAAGAGAAACUUAUUUCUGACCCUACCAAUCCUACCCAGCUGAUUCCUUUCCAGUCCAAGUCAAAAGAACGUUAUCCUGGUGAAUUUCAAUGGGAAGUUUUAGUUGCCAAAGAAGAAGAGCGUCUUCGUCAAUUGAACCUUCCCCUUCGUGCCGGCCAGUCGUCGCCUCCGCCCAACGCUUCCGAAUCUGCAAAUGUUUCUUCACCGUAAAACAAUAUGCUGUUUCUCGUUCCACUCCCUUUUGAGAUUUUCUUUUUCCGACAGCUCUUAUUUCUGAUGAAUUUAUUUCGUUUCAUCGGAUUGUUUCUCUUUUUACGAUCCCAUUUCACUUAGCUGCCCUCGAUCUCCUUUUCCUAUUUCACCUAUCGUUUAUCCAGUUCUCGUAAGUUUCUAUGGAUUUCUAUGCGCGAGAUUUAUGUUUUGCUUACGAAAAAAUAAUUUAAUAAUUUUUGUUUUUGUUAUUGUCUGUUAAUAAUAAUCAUCAUUUUCGAUUGUUUACCCUU